UGUGGUUGGUCCAAUACACAAUUUAACUUUGUUAUAUGAAUAAAAAAAUAAUUGAAAAGAAUGAUUUUUUCUGACUUUUCAUCAAAUGUAGAGACAAAUUUUGUUUCCAUCAAUUGUAUACCUGAAGAUCAUGUUUUAAUUUCAAUGCCAUUUUUCCAUAUCUCAACCAAUCCUGGCCCUAAUAAUGAUAGAACAGUUGACAAUGUUCGUGCUGUACACUUUGAUACACUGACUGAAAUGGUUGGUUUAAUGCUAGAAAAUGAACACUGUCCACAAGACUUUUUGUUCUCAUUUGCAGAGAAAAACUUAGAUUUGAUAGUAAAAUACAUUGAUGAUAAUGAUACAUUAAACAUCUGGAGAAAAAGUGGAAUUUUCAAAACAAUCAAUGAAUACAUGAAAGCACUCAUGUUCGAUGAAAAAUUCACUAAAACAAUCGAAACGAUAACGUUUGAUCCUGUUCGUGUCUAUGAAACUCAUCCAAAUACAAAUCUUCUCAUAAACUUUUAUCACACUGGGCAAUUUUACUCAUUACUCAGAUCUCCAGAUGAAAUCACUACAACAAAACGAAACUGCAACGAUACAGAUUACAAUCGAGCGCAAUACGUUCUUGCUCGCAUGACUGACACCCUUUGCAAUAAAUCCAACAGAAUAUAUGAUACAACUUUACGCUGGAUUAACUUACUUCUUUUGUUAAACAUUUUACUAGUUCGAUCUUUUCCGAUAGAAGGUUAUUGUUCGAACAACUUGAAACUUUCAUACAUGGCAUUGGCUUUUGAUUUUGUUGUACGUUCUAGACUUAUUGACGUUUGGCAGCGAGACAAAGAGACAAGCAAAAUUUUGAAUCUAAUAUUUGCGAAUUAUAAACACCAGUCUCCUUACAUAAAGCUUUUAGGAAUAGAAAGUGCAGACAAACGAGCAUCUCUGGUUGUUGAUUUAUUGUAUAAAAAUUGUACCGAUAAACAAGUCACAGAAGCAUUUAGAAGCAUAAACAUUCAAGAAUAUUUUAGUUUAUUGAAAGAAAACAUUGUAAUGAUAGAGGGUUGUAGCUAUUACAAGUUAGAUGAGAGCAUUAUCUAUUCUUGGCUAUUCAAUUUUGUAACUAUUGGUGUACAAAAACUGUUACCAUCAAACUCUACUAUUCCAUUAUUGACUGAUUGUGACUAUUGA